CCGCUGCAUUGGCCAAUCAGGGGAAUGCGGGGAACCGUUGGGGUUUGAAUGUCUUGUGAAAACAGCGGCAGAUGACAGCAGCUUGUUGCGCUCGCAAACAUAGCUAGUAACUAACUUAGUGUGCAAGCUACUUCACAUCACCCGAAAACAGCUUUUUGGACUUCAGCUUUGUCUGCUAUCAUCGACUGAAUAUGUCGAAAAAACAGAUAUACUAUUCUGACAAGUACACCGAUGAGGAGUUCGAGUACAGGCAUGUGGUGCUUCCGAAGCAGCUGUCUAAACUUGUGCCCUCCACCCACCUGAUGACAGAAGACGAGUGGAGGGGGCUGGGGGUGCAACAGAGCCAGGGCUGGAUCCACUACAUGAUCCACAAACCAGAGCCACACAUACUGCUUUUCAGAAGACCUCUCCCAAAGGAUUAAAUGGGUACCAUCGGUAAAACCCCUGCUAUCAUCAUCAUUGCUGAUUUGUAUAGUCUUUGAACCAUACAUGUCUCCUGCAUACAUGUCUAUACAUAUGUUCUAAUGUAUUGUGUAGAAAACCCUUAGUUGUAUUGUGUUUUUUGCCCUUUCAAACUCCUCAAUUUUUAGAGGUAAUAAGAGGCAAACUUGAUUCCACUGUGAAUGAUAACCUUAUAAACAAUAUGAAGGUGAAAGUUUGCCUGUCAAUUGUACAUUUUAAUACAUUUUUAAAUGUCUUCUGAUGUCAUUUUGUUAUAAUUGAUUUAUUUACUGAGUAUCUUAUCGUACAUGCGUAGGGUUUUCUAUUUCUCAAACCCACUAUUUCCCCAAAAGAGCUUCUGUUUUUCCUGUUCUUUAAACUUAUAUUUGUGUUGUGUACAUAAUAUUAUUUCUAGAUAUUAUAAAUGUUGAGAGUGAGUCAUGGUUGAGUCAACAUGUUCUUUGUUGCUGAAAGAACUAAAUUAAAUGUACUUCUUCACAUA